CCUCCUGCUCCUCCCUCUGCAGAGCCCAGACCUCCUCCAAGGAUGAAAACCGACCUGGAGCUGGCGCUGGAAUGCGCCGUCAACGUCUACCACCGGUACGCGGCGCGGCGCCCCGUGGACGACUACCUGAGCAAGGAGGAGUUCUCCAGGCUGCUCAAGGAGACGGCCGAGCCUUUCCUGAAGAACACGGUGCCGCCCAAAACGACCAUGGAUAGCUACAUCGGGCAGCUCUUCACCAAAGCCGACGCCAACCACGACGGCCGCCUCAAGUUCACCGAGUUCCUGACCACGCUGAGCCUCGUGGCCAUCGAUGCCCACAACAGGUCCCACGAGGGCCCUGGUGGUGACCAUGGCCACGGCCACGACCACGGGCACGGCCACGACCACGGGCACGGGCACAGCCACCGUCACUGAAACGGAACCACCUCCCACGGUGGCCGAGCUACGGGACUCUGCGUCCCCACAGGAGCCUCAGCCCUGGAACCAAACCUUUGUCACCUGCUUCUACUUCGUGGCAUUGAAAUAAAAUCCCUUCUUUGAGCACCAAA